AUGAUGAGCAACAACAGCCUGACUCCCUCCUAUUUUCAGUUCACUGUGUUUGCAGACUAUGGGCCCCUCAGAUAUCUUUUCUUCAGUCUCUCUCUGUUGAUCUACGUGACUAUAAUCUCUGCUAAUGCUGUCAUUGUUCUGUCAGUCUGCCUGGAGACUUCUCUGCAUCAGCCCAUGUAUGUUUUCAUCUGCUCUCUGUGUUUAAACUCUCUGUACGGCUCAACUGGCUUCUUCCCCAGGUUCCUGGUGGACCUUCUGUCCGACACUCAUUUCAUCUCACGUCUAUUCUGUUUUAUUCAGAUGUAUGUUACUCACACUUAUUUAGGAUACGAGUUGAAUAUUCUCACAGCCAUGGCCUAUGACAGGUUUACUGCUAUUUGCCAGCCUUUACACUAUUGCAGUAAAAUGAUGCCUAGGACGGUGCUGCUGCUUUUGAUUCUUGCUGUGCUGUACAGUUGGUGUUCUAUAGGCUACUUUUUCUAUCUGGCCAUUACUUUGCCUUUGUGUGGAAACAAACUGCACAGGGGGUUUUGCAACUGUUGGACUAUAAUCAAUCUCUCCUGUGAGGACACAACUGUAAUCCAAAUGGCAUGUCAGUUUGUAGCUCUGACAUCGAUCUUGAUCCCCUUGAUCUUUGUCCUGUACACCUACCUGCGCAUUCUGCUUGUCUGCAGGAGAAGUUCAUCUGAAUUCAGAGGAAAGGCCUUACAGACCUGCCUGCCCCACAUAGUGACCUUUGGAAACUAUUGCAUCUCGCUUGUCUGUGAGAUUUUACUUAGUCGAUAUAAUGUUAAUGAAGUAAAUCCAUCUGUAAUUGUUGUUUUAUCUCUGGAGUUUCUGAUCAUCCCUUCCAUCAUUAACCCUCUAGUUUACGGCCUGAAUCUGCCUCAGAUCAGAGGAGUGAUGAUUGGAUUUCUAAGGGCAGGAAAAAUGUGA